AUGGGAACAGAAAAUAAGACAGUCGAACAAAUGCAGUGCCCUUUAAGAGAAUUAUUCGCAACAGAAGCAGCAGCGACAUCAAGACCCCCAUAUCUGUAUGGCAGAAGCACACACAAUCAAAGAAUCGAAUAUUGGUGGUGUAUUCUUCGUAAACAUCAUGCACAGUUUUGGAUGAAUAUGUUUCAGCGUCUUAAAGAUGAAGGUUUAUUUGAUGGUUCUUUACUGGAUAAGUCAUUGGUUCAAUUUUGCUUCGGAAGUUUGGUUCAGAACGAAAUGGAUCAAGUAGUCAGAGAAUGGAAUGCCCAUAAAAUAAGCAAAUCAAGGAAUAGCAUAAUGCCCUGUGGAAGGCCUCGUAUAAUGCUUGAAAUGCCUUCUUUAUAUAACGCUAAAAAUUGUUUAAUACCUGUACCACAAUUCGCACUAGAGCCCUUAUUAUCUUAUUAUUUUAUUCCAACCUUUACGUGCUGUAUAGAUUUUCCUGAUGAGGAUGAAAGUGAAGAAGAAAUUGAUGAAAACGAAGAUUUUGGCGAUUUAUCAGAUUUGGAUGACGGCAAUCAUGGUAAAGGUGACAUCAGUUGUAAUGGAAGUGACUCCGAAGGGAUAGAUGACGAUAAAAACGAUAUAGUCCAGGAGGCAGUGAAAUUUUUUAGCACUUAUUUUCCUAUCUGGCUGAAAUUUUUGGAUGGGUUUACAAGAUGA